GCUCCGCAGCACCGCAGCUCGUCCCUGCAGAAUGCAGAACGCAAACAUCUGACAGACCAAAACAAAUCAGUUUGCCACUGGAUCAGCUGCCAAACUUUCACAAAAUAAUUUUCCAUUAGAGAAAUAUCAACGGUUUUCAAUCGAUCAAGACCUUGGUAAAGGAGAAGUAAAAAUGUCGUUGGUGGCUGCAUACGACGACAGCAGCGAAGAAGAGAGCGAGGAAGAAGCUCCUCCAGUGCCCCUCGGAGGAAAGAAAGGGCUUUCACUGCCCCCACCCAAGAAGGUUGCUGUGCCUGCAGAAGACUCUAGACCGGAGCCGACUCAAAAGCAACCGAAAAGUAUGUUUUCUGUCCUUCCAGCGCCGAAAAGGGACGUUUUGGCUGAGCUCAUUGAGGAGACAGACGAGCCCAUUCCAGCUUCUAUCAACAGCAAACAAAAAGUCAAGAUUUCCAUCCCAUCCCUCUCAAAGUAUGCUGAUGAAGAGGAUGAACCCAAACCCAAAAAGCAGAGGAUAGUUCCAAAAGGAUCUGGUUUGCUGGCCAUUCUUCCUGAGCCAGUGAACGGCAUGACAAGCAGAGCUGCUUUUAUGCCGCACGUUUUGACCAAGAAACCCACUCCCGCCCCUCCAAAAGCAGUGAAAAAACCUCCGCCGAAGCCGCCAGCACAGAAGCCCGCCCUGGUCACGAACUACUCGGAGUCUGACGAUGACUCUGAGGAUGAAUUCACUUCCAAGAGCUCGUCAGCGUCCGGUGUGGACUUCUUCUCACUGACUAACCAAGUCCAGCCAACCCCCGCGGAAAUCAACUUGGACGAACUCCUGCCACAGGCCGGCCCGAGCAGACCUGAGAAACUCCCUGAAACCACCUACGCCACAGUCGAAGAAGAUGAAUGGGAGGAGACCCCUGAGCAGAGCAACGAGGACACCGAGGAGAGAGAACUUACUGAUGAAGCGAUACGCAAAUUGUGCGGCCGAAGGCAGGAGGACAUGUCAAACAUGAUCGACAUUCAAGGCGAAUCAGUCUACGCCGACGCCAAGGAAUGGAUGCUGAAAAACCUGACAGAGGAGCCUGAACAGGACUUUUCGCACAGAGACAACACUCCCAACCCGACCAUGCGGCGCAAACACCAAAUCACUUAUCUUGCAUUUCAGGCGAAAGAACGGGAAACAGAGCUCAAGAACCAAUGGGCGGCAAACAGGAUGAGCAAAAAGCAGACGCAGGCGAAAUAUGGCUUUUAAUUUAAGGGUUGAUGUUAGGGGUGUUUAGGUUAAUAAAGAAUAACUCUAAUUUUCUUAUUAAGAAA